AUGCGCUCAGGUGACUUGAAGCGCUUGGCUUUCAGAAGCUUUGAAAAGCGCUUCAACCUGCAAGAGAUCUGGAGACGGUGCUACUUCUUGGAGACUAAGCAGUGGACGGUCCAGGAGCUUGCAGGAGACGACGUCCUGGAGACUUCUGAGAACCUGCUGCCGGAGUUUAUUGCGGCACAGCAAUCGAAGAAAGAGACGUUUGAGUCCACCGCAGAGUGGUUUCAGGCCAACAACAAGAGGAGAGAUUACGAGGAGAACUUUGCCCCUGUUGGUCCCUCUUGGGCUGCUGUGCAGGCUCAGACGCCCGUGCCUCGCCAGCCGGGCAUUUGGUACAUGCAUGAGCGCCAGAAUCAGGAAGGCAAACAUGUCCCGUUUCUGUUCUUCAAUGCGUUCACUGGCAAAUAUUAUCGGAACCGCUCGUCGGAGGUGACUUACGUGCCAGCCAAAAGCCGAUGGCUUCAGACCGGUCUGCCGCAUACAUCCGAGGAGCACCCCAUGAAGAUGGCUCAUGGGUCUGUGUGCUUGCCGACAUCCAGCGGUCGCAAGGAUGACAUGGCAGUGAUUCUGCCUGAGUUGUCUCGCACAGCUUCGUUGCUGAAGCAACCUCUGCCCUUCAUGGAUAAGCCGGCGGCUCUUUUCCUACUCGUUGAUGGGCUCCGGCAGUCGAACCUCGCAGCAGAAUGGUGUGCGAAGAGGUUUCACACGCACCUACUGCCGCGCCUUUCGGCAUACCAUUCAGAGCCAGAAGACAGCGAGCUGGUGGCUGUGGUGAGGGAGGCCUUAGAGCACCUGGACCACGCACUGCUAGAGAGUCCAGCCCGCUACGCUGGCUGUAGCUUGGCCGUGGCCUUGUUGUUGGGCAGACGGCUGAUCAUGUGCAGUAUGGGCGGCUGCCGCGCGGUGGUGUGCUCGCCGCCUGCAGAAGAGCCACCGGCCAAGAAGGGCCCCGCUGUUCGCACCGCGUGGAGCUGCCGCGCUGUAGAAGGUGGACUCCCGGGCCACACGAAGCUAGAAGUUCUGGCGUCCCAGCGACGGCGCAGGGCCGAGGCCUACGGACCUCUCGACUACGAGGGGCGACCGGGGGAUGAGCUGCAAUCGGCCUCGGCCAGCCAGGAGAUGCUGGCAAAGGAGCCUUCUGACCGCGAUCGUGCCGUGCGAAGGGCUCUUCGUGCGGCGCAUCCCUAUGCGGCGUUGGGCCUCAGCUUGGCAGAAGCGGUGGCCGCCGGCGCAGGCAAAAAUGCAGUGGAGGCUUUCGAGACACUGCUAGGGCCCCAAAAGGGCAACCUGCAGACAGAAUCCGCUCGAAGUCGUGUCAAGGCGGCUGGCGAAGCAAUCGACAAGAUGCUGGCACAAGAUAUCUUCGGUGCCCAGCAGCUGGCGGAGCUUUUCUAUGUCCUGGAUGAGGAGGGCGGGAUCGUGAGCCAGCAGCGAGCUGCUGCGUUCCUAGCAGUUCCUCCAGGCUGCGGCGAGGCCGUGGCUAACGGCGCCGUGCAAGUCCGGUAUCAGGCCGUUCUCAGUGGCGUGGCUGCCUUUUGCCCAGCUGACGCCUCGCGAGGUUGGGAGAUCUUAAGGGAGAUUAUCGAUGCCGCUGCUCGGCCGGUAACCCCUCUAUGGACGCCGCCCACCAAUGCUCGAGGCGUGGAGGUUCCCUCCGCGCUAGGCUUGCGAGACCUCAAGCGGCCGCGAAGGCUGGUUGGCCUCGAGUUUAGUGCAGAGGUCUUCCGGAUAGAGCCGGGAAGCUCCUGCUGCCUGCUUCUCCUGACGGAUGGGGCCAACGAUUUGACCCAUGCUCAGAUUGGCGAGGCUGUGGCCGAGCAUCAGGGCCGGCCGAAGGCAGUCGCAACGCAGCUGGCGGCUUCUUGUAAGAAGCAAGGUUCCUCCAAAGAGGGGUCCGAGUCGCUAGGCAUUUUGACGGCCUUCUUCACGCUCAAGGCUCCAGAGGAGACUCCUCAGCCAGCAGAGAACGAGACAGACACGAAAAAGAGGAAAGCACCGCCAGAAAAGGAAGUGGCCGUCGUUGUCGGUCCACAGCCGGGUGGUGGAAUGCCAAACCGCAUCCGCGUGGCACAUAUUCUAAUGAAGUGGGAAGCACUCACUGCCCACGAUAGCAACGCGCGUCGCGCGGCGAAGAAGGGCCGAACUCAGGCAGAUGCUGAGAAGGAGCUACUCAAAUUGCUGCAGGUCUUGAACGCAAUGCCGCAGGGCACGCCAGAUGCCAGCAAGAAGCUCACCGCCAAGUUUGCAGAGCUCUGCAAGGCUAAUUCUGACUGCAACUCAGCCAACAGCGGCGCUCUUGCUGACAUGGGCUGGAUCGUGCCAGGCCAAUCUGACAAAGACUUCGAAGCUGCAGCCUUCGACCUCCCCGUCGGGGCGAUCAGUGACAUUGUCAUCUCGCAAAGGGGUGCCCACCUGAUCCAUCGCCUAGCCUGA